AGUCAAAUGCUGCAAAUAUUUUUUUCUUUACAGAGCUUCUCUUGCGCGUGCAAAUUUAAGUUUACAGUCUUAUGUACGCUUCCACAAAUCUUACCCUGCGCAUGCAAAUCUUUUAGGCAUCAUUGUACCUUCAUACUGUCCCUUUAAAACUUGAGUAAAGGGAACGAUUUAUUGUGCAGAAAAGUGGUUGGACCUAUUUACCAGAUAAACCGCAUGUAUCUAGGUAGACAUGGCGGACAUACGAAAACGUCCUUGUGUGAGUUCCACUGAGAAUAACCCAAACGAUAAUAUUUCCGGAGAAGGCGGCACUGGCACAUCUACAUUAUUUGUUAAGUUAUUUGCUGCAGCUUUCUAUGGGCUCUCUUCCUUCAUUAUUGUUGUCGUUAACAAGAGUGUUCUUACUAAUUACAGAUUCCCGUCCUCUUUAGCAGUGGGAAUUGGACAAAUGUUUACAAUGGUUGUUGUGCUGCGAGGAGCAAAAUCAUUAAAUGUGGUAGAUUUCCCAGAUUUUGAUAGGCAUGUACCUCAUAAGGUAUGGCCGCUACCUUUAAUGUAUGUGGGAAAUCAGUUAACAGGCCUGUUUGGAACAAAACAAUUAAAUCUGCCAAUGUUUACUGUGCUCAGAAGAUUCUCCAUUUUAUUCACAAUGCUAUUUGAGGGUUACCUCCUAAAAAAGGAAUUUUCAUGGUCCAUAAAGGCAACCAUAUUCACUAUGAUCCUGGGAGCUUUUAUUGCUGCAAGUACAGAUUUAUCUUUUGACCUCCAUGGAUAUGUGUUCAUUACACUUAACAACAUUCUGACUGCUACUAAUGGGGCUUAUAUGAAACAAAAACUGGACGCCAAGGAACUGGGAAAAUACGGGCUGCUGUAUUACAAUGCUUUAUUCAUGAUUAUUCCCACUAUGAUUUUAGCAUGCUUUACUGGAGACAUUAAAAAAGCUUUGGAGUAUGAUGGUUGGGCUGACAUUUUCUUUGUGAUUCAGUUUGCGUUAUCAUGUGUCAUGGGGUUUAUACUCAUGUACUCAAUUAUGUUAUGCACCCAUUAUAACUCUGCUUUGACGACAACCAUUGUCGGCUGUAUCAAGAAUAUCUUAGUGACAUACAUCGGGAUGGUGUAUGGUGGAGAUUACAUCUUUACAUGGGUGAAUUUUAUCGGCCUAAACAUCAGCAUUGCUGGCAGUCUUGUGUACUCGCACAUCACUUUCACUAAGGAACAAAAAAAAAAAUGUUGAUGCUUAAACAAGUUUAAAUAAAGUAAGUCGAUAAUGCCUUUGGGAGUCAAGAACCCAGUCAGCAGGGCCUUUUCACAACAGGAGUCAAGAACCCUGUCUCAUUUCACAACAGUGACCAGCAAUUUUCCCAGCAACCUUGGUUUUGUUUUUUUGUUUUUAUGAACCAAUUCCUAUUGCUAUGGAAACAGUGACUUCCUGAACUACCAUUGUGCCUUUUUUUUUUUUACACUGAACAAUGUUAACCCUAAUGUUUUAUUGUUAUUAUUAUUAUUUUUUUUUUUUUUUUGGUAAUAUUUUCAAGAUAUGAUUUAAUUUAAUGUUGGAUAGAUGAAAAAUUAUUUCCUUUGCUAUGGUAUGAAAUUAAUAUUAUCCUUUGUCUUUAGUUCAAGGUGGACUGUUCAAUUUCAAUUGAGGGAUGAGUAAAUAUUAUUUUUUAAAUUAAUUUUUCCUUUUAUUUUUUUGGUUAAUUAACAUAAUGGUAUAAAUUAUGAUACAACGUGAUGCUGUUAAACCUGAAAUAAACAAGUGUAUGAACAUGAUUUAGUGUGACUGGUACAUAAACACAUGAAAAAAGAUCUUCGAGUUUAGAGAUAUCUUGUGUUGUGGAUGUGCUCGCUCUUACGGUCAAAAAUACUUCUGUUCUCCAACAAGCUGUCUAAGGUCAUAAUUUGAUGCAAAUUACAAUUAUCUUGGUCUUGAAUCUGGAUAUUUACGUAAAAAAAAUGAAAAAGGAAGGGGGGGAUUCUGUAGUAAGAUGAAUCUUUGCAUAGUUUGCAUAGAAGGACAAACAAAAGAUGCAGGAAACCUUGUUUAACCCUACUGGCAUCUUAUAGCGUUAUUGGAGAGGCCUUACAUAAUGUAGCAGUAAUUCCAUUGCUUUGAGUUAAUUCACAAUAACAUUUAUUAGAUAUAUGGCAGUGGAUCAACUUAAAUAUAUUCAUGACUUUAUAAAUACCUCUCUACACUACCAGUGUGGAAUCCAAUAUCUCUGCUAUUUAAGAUGCAUUUAAUGCAAGAUUUAAUCAGAAUGAGUGCAUCAAUCCUACUGUAGACCAUUUAAAGGGGACAUCAGGUGCAAAAUUCACUUUUACAUGGUGUUUGAACAUAAAUGUGUGCUGGCAGUGUGUGUACACAACUACCCUAUAAUGAUGAAAAUCCACCCUGUGCUUUUUUAAAAUCCCAAAAAAUCAUAAGCACUGUCUCAGAUCAAGCCAUUCACAGAUUCUUGGCAGAGUGACGUCACAUAGGCCAAGGCCCCUCCCACAACUAUUGAUGAACAUUGCUGUUUUAGCAUUGACCCACCCUGAGUGAGCUGUAAACAGUCCACAAUUGUUUUUUCGACGCCAGAGCAGGUGUAGACAAGAAUGUCUUCUAAGUGAUGCAGGUGUUUUGUUGUUGGAUGUAAUAAUGAACAUAGCAGUCGUCAUUUACUCCCGACAUCUAAGCCGCUGAAGACGCAGUGGAUUACUUUUGUUUUUGAAGGGAAUGCGCCCCCUAAUCUACCUAAAUGCAUCUACACCUACAGAAGAAGUGAGUACAGGCUUAAGUUUUGAAUCUUUGCAAAUUGCCUUUCCUAAUAAUGUACUAGUUAGCAAGUUCCACAACAAACAUGGCUAAAGUUUACAGUCUCAGAGGACUGCUUGUCACCCCACUGAAGAGAGGGGCGGGGUGAGCAGAGCUCAUUAGCAUUUAAAGGGACAUGCACUGAAACUGAACAGAGCUGUUUUUGACAAGGUAAAAAGGGUGUUGUUUUACACUAUCAUUGAGAAGUUUUAACCAAAGUAUGUUAUAGACUUUUCAUGAAGACCCUAAAGAAUCAUAGCAACUUAUGUAAUAUGUAAGGAAUAAUCAACCGCCCGACGCGAAGCGCAUUAAUAUAGAACGGUGAUUAAACUGACUUGGAAAUACCUGUGCAUUAAACGGUUAUACUGCAUACCUGCCAGCCAAUCAGAAUCCAGUAUUCAGACAGACCAUGGAAUAAGGGUAUCUGAUGUCCCUUUUAAACUAAGAUUAAUGCUACAGUUUAAUGUUAACUACUGUUGACAAACAACUGGUCGCUAACAAAAUGGUGACAAGCAUCAAAAAUGACAAUAAAUAAGCCAAUGAAUAUGACCAAUCAGAGUAGGGUUGCUAACCGUCACAUAACUGUUAGAGAAAUGCAGAAUCUGGUCUCACCCACCUCAGCAAGCGGAGCUCCACUAACGACAGUUACGUACAAAACUUCAGUAAAUCAGUUUUGGCAAAUACAAACAACGUGAUUAUUUUUCACGAGUCCAAUAUCCAGCCGUGCAAGAAAACAUCCAAUCUACCUGAGACAUGAUCAAUAAGGGAAGUCGUCUUUCACUAUUUAAUUUUGUAAAAGAGGAAAAACCAAAAA